GUCUCGAAGUUCCUUUGUCAUUUCGUAGAUUUUUAGGCCGGUACAGAAUCAUGGAAGAACUGUUUCAGAACGGAAAUUAUCAGAGGGAGACGAAUGCGAAUAUAACUACUAUGGAAACACAAAAGGAAGAUUCAUUGCUUGAUCACAUGGAAAUCUCAAUAGUUGAAACUGAAAAACGAGCAAAUGGAGCAUUGAACUUAAGAGAGUUUUAUACAGUCUACCUCAUUGAGACUAAAGUUACAGAUCCAGAUUUUAAAGGUGCACUUACCAAAGUAAGUUCUCUCUGGCGUCGAUAUACAGAAUUUGAACUGCUCCGAACUUAUUUAGAAAUUUCUUAUCCAUAUAUUGUACUGCCUCCAUUACCAGAAAAAAAAGUUUUGUAUGCAUGGCAAAAGGUUACCACUGAUACAUUUGAUCCAGAUUUUGUUGAUAGACGAAGAAUUGGUCUUGAGAAUUUUCUAUUAAGAGUAGCAACACAUCCUAUAUUGUCAGGUGAUGAACAUUUUAUUGGAUUUUUACAACAAAAGGAUGGAUGGAGGGAAAGUAUUAAAGAGACUGGUUAUUUGCAAUUAGUAGAAUCAAAAUUAAAAGCACUGAGUGUAGCAGUACGAUUAAGGAAACCAGAUAAAAGAUUUGAAGCAAUAAAAAAUUAUGGAAUUGAACUUCAGAAUAAUUUAUGUAACCUCCUUCGAGUACGUGCGCGUCUUGUAGAAAAACAACAUAGUUUAUACAAAUUACAUGCAAAUUAUGGUCGUGUAUUUAGUGAAUGGAGUGCCAUAGAAAGAGAAAUGGGUGAUGGACUGCAGAAAUCGGGUCACUAUUUGGAUUCAUUAGCAGCGACAAUAGAUACAACUCUUGAAGAAGAGGAAUUAAUAGCAGAUCAAUUGAAAGAAUGGUUGUUUGGUGCUUCUGCAUUACAAGCUGUUAUCAAACGAAGAGAAGCUUUACAAUUAGCCAAAGAUGAAACUCAUGAUGUUCUAACUGCAGCAUUUGAACAGAAAGAAAAAGUCAUACAAGGUAAAUCAGGUUUAAUGUCAAGAUUAUUUGUAUCUGUUGAUACAGAAGAAGUUCGUGAAUUAAAAAUGUUACAAUUAGAACAAAGGAUUGCACAACAUGAAGAAGCUGUUAAACGAGCAGAUGAAGAUUUAAAAUCUUUCUCUAUUAAAGCAAUGAUGGAUAUAGAGAGAUUUCAACAUCAGAAAGUCGUAGAUUUGAAAGAAAUUCUGGCAGCUUACUGUAUUUUACAAUUUAAGCUUGCUAGAAAGGGAUUGCAAGCUUGGCAGCAUAUCAAGAGUUGUCUGGAAAGUAUGCCAUAAAAAUUUUUUCUUAUUAAAAACUGACAGAACAAUAAUUGUUCCACAUCUUUCGUACGAUAUACAUUCCUAUAAUUAUAAACUCAUAUUAUACGCUUAUUCUUACAUCAAUGUACAAGAUUGUUUUUAUUAUUUAAUGUUAGAUUACGUAAUAUUAAAUAAUAUAUACGUAUACAUA